AGCAUCAUUAAAACUCUUGUACAGAAAUGGCACUCCUUGACUCAAAGAGGAAAUCUCCAUGUCCGCAACUCACCUUCGGUCAGAUUGACCUGACCUGACCUUGACUUGACCACAGCUUGCAGUGACUCCUUUGACUGUCUCCAUGCGCACUAGAUCCCACGCUCCCGACGCAAACCCUGAGAACGGUGAGGACGCCACCGAGCGCGUCGACGAACCGACGCAGGGUGAAUCUGAAGAAUGCACUGGCGUGGAGGUGCAUCUGCUGAAAGCAGUGAACGGCGUUCGGAACAUGCGGAGAGAGCUGGAGGAAUUGCGCAGGCGAAAUGGCGAGCUCGAGCAGAGACUGGAGGCGUUUGAGCAAGCUGAGGAUGUGUCGAUCCAGCCGAAGCGGGGUAAGAGGGGAGGGCCGACUGUGGCAAAGCUGCAGAGCGAAGCGAGACGACUCAACGGUCAGAUUCGAGACUUGGAGAAGGCAAGGCGUAAGGAUCGCAAGAAAAUCGCAAAGCUCCGGGCUCGUGAAGUCAAGGAGGAUGUCGCCGAGCUUGAGGAUGAUGCCGAAAUUUUCAUCGGCGACUCUCCCCAUCGCAUGAGGAAGCUGCUCCGCAGCUUCCACGACAUAGUCCUGUCUAGCUCAAUUGAAGAGAACGAGGAGUGCCCCAUCUGCAUGGAUCCUCUGGAGGUUGACAAAAGCGUGAGCCUGCCUUGCGAACACACGUUCUGCAAGUCUUGCAUAUCGAAGGUAUCGCCGGGCGAAGAAGACGUCAUAUGUCCACAGUGCCGUACCGUCUGCCCACGAGAUGAGAUUGACAUCGUCCAAUACACAGCAUCCCAACAGUGGGAUGAUCUCCUCGAGGUGGCUAAGGCAUGGGCGAAGAUGGACUUGCGCAGGCAAGCGGAUACCAGCGAGGAGGAAGCGGAGGAGGAAUUCAUUGACGAUGAGCUGCCGAACGGUGACGCUAGCUCUGUCCGCUCUGGAUCUGAGAACCCAAUUGCCACAUCACCUGAACCGGAGGAACCGGUUGAUGCUGGGCCUCUGCCUAGCACCCCGCCGCCCGAUGACGGACCACCAGCGACCCCAGUUAGUAGGAAGCGACGGAUAACGUUUACCCCAGAAUCGUCUCCUCUAUCACAAGUAGAUAGUGUAGAACCAGAAGAUCCGGGGCCGUCAAGUUCUCUCCUCAUUACCGAACUACCUGAGCCAUCUGUGCUCCCUGCGCCGACUCAGGAUGAACCUGUCGCUGGACCUUCGUCUGCGGCCGAACAGUCGGUGAUAACACCGCAAACCUCUCAGAGCGCCAGGCCCGCAUACGUAGCUUCUCCAACAAGAGACAAGCGCAAACGCAUGGAGGACCUGGCCGCAGCGCGGAAGCAGAAGCGACGGUUGUAAGGUUGUUCAAGCUCGUGCAAGGCGUGUUUUAUCCCAAGUGUGUAUCGGGUGUGUACUAUUAAUGUUGUAUUUAUGAGUUACGCGGAGCGAAACGACGUCGACGGAGCGAGGAUUCAACUCUGCAAUCCCAAUCUGUAUGACCUGGCUUAUCUUCCUGGACCAUCAAACGUCGUGGUAUGUGUUACAUCCUCUAUCAAUCCUGCUAUGCGCUUUUAAACCAAUGGAUAGUCAUGACAUGCGUAAUGCACAACCUCGUGAGCCCUUUAUCAGAAGAUGUCUCCCGAAAGGUCGCACCUGUUCUUCAUUCCGGGGUCUUUAGCUUGUCUUCCUCCUGACGGUGAUCCGCGUUCGAAGGCGUAGCAUUCAACGACUGACCGUGUCCGCGCCAAUGAACCGAUUCGCGUUGGGAGCAAUGGCACUGCGGCCCGAGG